AUUACUUAUUACAGUAGUGAAUAGCAUCGCGCCGAGCCCUGCGAUACAGAGAACGGUGACGCUGAAUCAGAUCAAUUGGUUUACGAAUUGAUUUGCGUAAACUCUCCAAAUUCAUUUUGAAGAGGUCCUCGAGUGGUUGAUCCAGAACUGCCACCUGACAAUUACUCAUCCAUUGUAUGGAAUCGCGAUAGUAAUUUUGCUGGUUUCAAUUUUUUUACGCGCCAUUAGGAUUUUAUUAUUGUUUUUUGAAUUUGUAAUUCAACGAAUUAGGGGUUUGAAUCGUAUGUUUUGAGGUUCCAUUGGUUCUUCGAUUGAAUUUAGGUAUCGUUUUUGAAUUCUAUCGAACUUGUUGAUUCGCUAGUAUUUGUUUGUUCUGUUUAAGAUCUAUUUCUCGUUGAAGUUAGGGCGGUUGGGUUAUGAGAUAUCGGCAUGUCUGAGAAUCAUGAUCCAGAGCAGGCGCUGCAGAGUUCAGGAAGUGGAGCUGAAGAUGGAGACAAAGGUGUGGAAAGUGCGCACAAUGUUGAUGUUAUGGAUUCAUCCUCUGGGACUACCGCGGACACUAUGUCGGAGAAUUAUCCCGCUUUACAGUCCUCCGAAGUGUCCAAUGAACCGAACCAGAAUAAUGGGCCUUUCGAAGGUGCAGAGAACUCCGGACAAGAUGACACUGUAGUAGUCGAAGAUGCUGGAAAAGAAGAUAUGUUUGUGGAUUGCCCGGAUGAGUUAGUUGGCAAUGCUGAUAGCCGAGAAGCAGCUGCUGAAACACAAGGUAGUUUUACGGAGGAAAAACCCUCUGAUAUGCAGGAAUUACAGUAUGAGGAGGAAAAUGUUUCUCUGAUGCACGAGGUGGAAAACACGAGGAACAUCCUGAAUAAGAGCAUUUUUGAGAAAGAAAAUGUCAUACACGAGUUUGAGGAAGAAAGAGAGGCUUUUGUGAAAGAACUUCUUAGAAUUUGUCGCCAACUUAAUCCGGUUACCAAUCAACAGUCGGUGCUCUAUGUAAAUGGCAGUCAGUCGAAUGAGAGUCUUCAUUUACAUGGAAUUGAGCAUGUGGAGGAGAACACUCUGGUUACUAAUAAGACAUUGAAAGACCUGCUAAAUGAAUGCUCACAAUUGAUUAAUAGGACUUUAGAUGAACGGUUGCAGUAUGAGGCUACUAUAGGUGAACUUCGUUCAAACCUUUUAAUGAAGGAUCAAGAGAUUGAACAUCUAAAUGCAAAGGUUGUUGAAUUUUCAGUGUCUGAUGAAGUCAUUCGCUCUUAUGCAAAUUCAAUUGAGGAUUCUAUGAAAGUUUCACUGGAAAGGGAGAGGGAUACGGAGGUCAUAUUAGACAGAGUGUUAGCUUCUCUCAACUCAGUAUUGAAUCAGCAAGACCUUCUUGAUGAUUCUAUAUCUGAAAAAGUGCUUCAUGUUGAAAGGAACUCUUCUUUGUUAAUUGAUAAUUAUAAUUAUAUCCUUCUGGAAAUCAAUCAACUCCAAAGAUGUUUAUCUGGAGAAGAGUCGGACAUUGUCUUUUCAGAAUUUGGAACAAUUUUUGCCACUGCUCGUGAUGAAUUAACUGAGCUGAAAGCUAAAGAGGUAAGCAAUGUUGAAAAAAUAUGUCACCUGGAAGAUGAAAAUAGAAGAUUGGUAGAUCAGCUAGAAAAUUACAGAUUGACAGUUGAGACCGUUAAUGCAGAACUUGAAAAAACAAAGAGUGAGCUGGAGCAGGAAAGGAUAAGGUGCGUUAAUACCAAAGAGAAGCUAACAAUGGCUGUGACAAAAGGCAAGGCACUAGUACAGCAACGUGAUGCAUUAAAACAGUCUCUAGCUGAAAAGGGUCGUGAGCUUGAACAAUAUUCUAUGGAACUACAAGAGAAAUCAAAUGCUCUGGAGGCUGCCGAUUUAAUUAAGGUUGACUUAGCUGAAAAUGAAAAUUUAGUUGCAUCACUUCAGGAAAAUUUGUUGCAAAGGAAUAUGGUCCUUAAAAGUUUUGAGGAUAUUUUAUCUCAAUUUGAAGUUCCUCGUGAACUUAAGUCAAUGGAUAGUAUGGAAAGACUCAAGUGGCUUGUGGAUGAGAAGAAUGUCCUAGAGGCUAUUUUAUUGGAGUUUCAUAAAUUAAAAGAUACUCUAAACUUAUCUGAUUGGCCAAAUUUGAUUUAUCCUUAUGACCUGAAAUCUUCUGUCAGUUGGCUUAAGGAAUCAUUUUUUCAGGCUAAAGAUGAAAUAAAGAUCUUGCAGGAUGAACUUGCUAAAACAAAAGAAGCAGCACAUAUAGAGAUUGACCGCAUAAGUGCUUUACUUUUAAUUAAAUUACAGGAAAAGGACUAUCUGCAGGAGGAGUUGGAUGAUUUGUUAAGUAAAUACAAAGAAGUCAUGGUAAAAGAGCAUCAGGCUUCACUGGAGAAGGCUCAAAUCAUAAAAAUGUUACAAGAAGAAUCUGGAAUGACAACAGAUGAUGGAGGGGUCAGUGAAACUUCCUUGGACUUCAACUUGUUUGUUUACAGAUGCUUUCAGAGGAUAAAAGAGCAGGUUUGUGCUUCUGCUGAAAUUUCUGCUUCGUUGGAGAAGGCUCAAAUCAUAAAAAUGUUACAAGAAGAAUCUGGAAUGACAACAGAUGAUGGAGGGGUCAGUGAAACUUCAUUGGACUUCAACUUGUUUGUUUACAGAUGCUUUCGGAGGAUAAAAGAGCAGGCUUGUGCUUCUGCUGAAAUCUCUGAUGACUAUGUGGAAUCUUUUGAAAAGGUUCAAACUCUUUUGUAUGUCAGUUAUCAGGAUCUGAUGCUCCAUGAUAUAAUUCUAGAAGAGGAGUCUUCAAAUAUGAGUAACUGCUCAACUAGGUUAAAAUCUGUGUCUGAAGAACUUACAGGAUUGAAGGAGGAAAAUGACUCUUUGCAGAGAGAUAUUCAAAGAUCAGAGGAUAAAUAUCUCAGUCUAAGGGAAAAGUUGUCCCUGGCAGUUAAGAAAGGCAAAGGACUGGUUCAGGACAGGGAAAAUAUGAAAAGUCUCUUGGAUGAUAAGAACAUAGAAAUAGAGAAGUUAAAACUACAAUUAGAUAGUCUAGAAUCAACAGUUGCUGAUUGCAGAAAUCAAAUCAAUUUGUUAUCUUUUGAUACACAGCGCAUUCCGGAGUUAGAGUCUGAUCUUGGUACCAUGAAGGACAAAUGCAAUCAAUAUGAGCAGUUCUUACUGGAGAGCAAUAAUAUGUUACAAAAAGUAAUUGAAUCAAUUGAUGGAAUUGUUCUUCCCAUUGAUAUAGUUUUUGAAGAGCCUAUAGCUAAGGUGAAGUGGAUUGCAGAAUACGUUAGGGAAUCUCAUGAUGAUAAGAUACGCACAGAACAAGAGUUGGAGAAUGUUAAAGAAGAAACAAGUACUAUGACAAGUAAAUUAGGAGAUGCUUUAGCUGCUAUGAAAUCAUUGGAAGAUGCAUUAUCAACUGCAGAGAGCAACGCUUUUCAACUUUCUGAGGAGAAAAGGGAAAUAGAAUCUAGUAAGAUACGCUUUGAACAAGAACUACAGAAAGCAUUAGAUGAAGCCUAUUCCCAAUCCAGCAAGUCUGCGGAGGCUUCUUUAUCUAUGAACCUCCUUCAAGAAUCAUUAUCAGUGGCAGAAAAUAAAAUAUCCAUGCUCGUCAAAGAGAAAGAAGACGCUGAAGUUGGUAAAGCCACUGCAGAGUUGGAGAUUGAGAAAGUAAAGGAGGAAGUGGCUGUUCAGACAGAUAAAUUGGCAGAGGCCCAGAGAACUAUAAACACAUUAGAAAAGACACUGACUGAGCUUGAGACCAAUGCUGCUUUUCUGACGGAACAGAAUGCUGAAGCACAAAGUGCUAUAGAGAAGCUAGAGACUGAGGGAAGGAUAUUGCAAGACGAAGCCAGCUCUCAGGCAAGCAAAGUUGUUGAGGCCUUUGAAACAAUAAAAUCUUUGGAAGAUGCACUAUUUAAGGCGGAAAGUAAAAUUUCUAUUAUUGAAGGGGAGAGGAAAAAUUCCGAAAAUGAGAUAUCAGCUCUAAAUUCCAAAUUAAAGGCAUGCAUGGAAGAGUUGGCUGGGACUAGUGGCAGCUUACAAAGCAGGUCCAUGGAGUUUACAGGCUACCUCAAUGAUCUUCAUAAGUUUAUUGCAGAUGAAACAUUGUUGACAGUGGUGACAGGAUGCUUUCAGAAGAAACUUGAAAGUCUAAAAGAGAUGGAUAUCAUUCUGAAGAACACCAGGGACUGUUUCGUUAACAGUGGCAUAAUAGACUCUCAUAAUCACCAUGCUGUUAAGGAUCCGUAUGUUAUGGAAUCCCAAUCUCAUGGAAAGCUCCUUCAGUGUGCUGUUGAAAGUGAAAAUGGAAAGGUGAUUGUUGAAGAUGACGUUGGUAAUAUUUCAUCAUCUUUUAAAAAGAUUACGGAAGGAAUCUGGUUGAAAAACAAGAUGUUCACAGAUUAUUUUGAAGGUUUCUCCUCUUCAAUGGACGGUUUUAUCGCUGAUCUGUUAAAAAAAGUGGAGGCAACAAGAAAGGAAGUAAUUUUUGUGUGUGGACACGUUGAAUCCUUGAAAGAGAUGGUGAAGAAUCUUGAAAUGUAUAAACAGGAACAAGAAAAUGCCAAAACGAUGCUGGAAGAUGAUGUUUCACUUCUACUGUCUGCCUGUGUUGACACUACAAAAGAACUUCAUUUUGAAGUGACAAACCAUCUACUAUUACUCACCUCUAUUCCUGAACUUGAAAAUUUGAAGGAGGAUACCAUUACUCUGGAUACAAGUGGUGCAGAGUAUCAGUCAAAAUCUCCUACCAGCAAGUCUGCUGCAGCCGCAGAACAAUUAUUAUCUGCUAGUAGAAAAGUUCGAUCUAUGGUUAAACAGUUUGAGAGCACCAGUAAGGUUGCAGCUGCUACCAUUCAAGAUAUGCAGAAUAUAUUGGAAGUAACUGAGGCUACUUCUGAGAAAGUUAGAGAGGAAAGGGACUUGAACCAAAAUAUGAUAGUUAAGUUGGAGACUGAUUUACAACUACUACAAAGUUCCUGUGUUGAACUGAGGCUUCAACUCGAGGCUUGUCAAGCAAAUGAAGAGAAGUUGAAAGAAAGGGAGGCUGAAUUUUCAUCAUUGUAUAAUAGUUUGUUGGUGAAGAGAGAACAAGAGGCAGAAGACUACGUUUUAACAGCAAUACAGAUGAAAGCCCUUUUUGAGAAAGUUAGAAGGAUUGAGAUCCCUUUGCCGGAAUUAGAAAACCUAGAUUUGGAACAAUAUGAUUCACCUAAUGUAAAGAAGCUCUUUUAUCUACCUGAUUAUGUUUCUGAGUUGCAGAAUCAGCUAAACUUAUUAUCUCAUGACGAGCAAAGGCUGCAGUCUACAGUUAAUACACAAAUACUCGCUAUUGAGCAGCUGAAAGAGGAGGUUGACAGAGCAUCGAGGAAUCAGCUUGAUUCAGAGGAAAUGAAGAAAGAUCUCUUAGAGCUCUCUUAUUCUUUGGAGCAAAUUCUUAGUUUGUUGGGUAGUAGUCACUACAAUGGCGAUUUGAAGUCAGAUGGCUUGAAGGGACUAGUAAGAAUAUUAGAAAGGCAGGUUGUGAAUAUGCUUUCAGAAUCUGAAAAUUCAAAAACCAAAUUGGAGGAACUGAGAGAGAAGUUAAUAGGAAGCCAAAAGGUCGUGGAUGAACUAACUACGAAAAAUAAGCUACUGGAAGAAUCACUUCAGGGGCCGGAGAUCAAAGAAAGAAGCAUUUUUGAAGCACCUUCUUUUCCUUCUGGAUCAGAAAUAUCAGAAGUUGAAGAUGUGGGAGCGGUUGGGAAAAGUGCAAUACCACCUGUUCCAUCAGCCUCAGCUGCCAUUUCACGAACUUUGCGAAAAGGUUCAGCUGAUCAUCUUGCGAUUGAGGUAGAGACAGAAUCUGAUCGUUUAAUAGGAAAUGGCAUGGAAAUUGUCGAAGACAAAGGUCAUGUGUUCAAAUCACUUAAUUCAUCAGGUCUCGUCCCAAGACAUGGAAAACUCAUUGCAGAUCGAAUUGAUGGAAUUUGGGUUUCAGGCGGUCGGAUUUUAACGAGUCGUCCAGGCGCAAGACUAGGCCUCAUUACCUACUGGUUCUUCUUGCACAUAUGGUUACUGGGAACCAUUUUGUGACCAAAUUUAUGACCCAUUCACCACCUGAGGAAUUUCCUUCAUGUGUCGGUAAAUUGUAUCGUAUAUAUGGCAACACCAUCCUUUUUCUUAAUAUUUUUUCUUAGUUCAUUUAUUAAUUGCAUUAGAUUUGCCUGUUGGUCACGCCUAUACUGAUUCUCGGGACUCAAUUUUUAAGAGUUCUGAGAAGCCUUUUGCUAGAUUGCCCCAACUUACCUCCUUUUUUCUUCUUUGUACUUGUUAGAUGAUAGAUCUGAGUUAUAGAUGAAUAAUAUUGGAAUAUAUUCCUUGAUAUUAUAUUCUUUUUUUUU